AUGCAUCAAACAGAAGAACAAACGGAGGAGCAACAACAACCGGAAAAAGAUCUUGGGGAAGGAAGCAGAGCUGAAAUCGAAGAAUGGGAAGGACCACUACAGAAAGCGUUUGAAGCGCUUAAACUUAAUGAACCAAGACAGAAUGGUAGAAAUUCGAAAGAAGUAGAACAGGAACUGGACGCUGACGAUGUUGGCAAAGUCAUGUUCGACAAUGUGCAGAAAGCGGAGAACAUCAUUCGUCCAAUAAUUAAUGCCACACCGUGUGAGGAGUACAGGACGAUGGGAGUGGUCGCAACACCACGAUGGAAUUUCGCAUUGGCCUUGGCAUACGUCGGACAGCGAAUGGCGAUCCCGGUCACUAUUGUAUGUCGUGGUCGUACGAGGCAGAGCAAGAGCAACGACAAUGUAGAUGCUAUCGCUGGUGCUGGAACCAUCGGAUUGGAGGUAAUCGAGCAGGUGCCGGACGUCGAUGCGAUCGUUGUGCCUGUGGGCAGUGGGUCCCUGAUCACAGGCAUGGCCGUAGCGGUCAAACAUCUGCGACCCGACAUAACAAUUAUAGUAAGAUCAUAUCUUUUACAAAUGGUGAUUUAUAGACACUGCUAAAU